CCAAUUUGUAUUCACCUAGUUUGCCCCUCAGCGGACACCAUAGUUUCGAGUACGAAAACAUGGAGUCCCGGAAGAGAAGAAAGUUGGCUCAUAAGUAAAGUGAUGUGUUUUUUCUUAGAAAUGAAGGUGGAAGGCAAACUGCUUUCUGUAACCUGAGAGAAGAAGGAUUGAAGCUUUUGUACAUCUGGCUUUUCAUAUAAAAAGCCACAAUGACUGCUGAGGAGUCCAGUAAGGAGGUGGAUGUGUGGUCCUCCAUCCGCUGCCUGGGUUACCUGUCCAGUGUAAACCUGCUGGUGGCGGUGUGUUUAGGCAUGUACGUACGAUGGGAGCACACUUCCGAACCUACAAUCCUGGUCAUUUUUAUUCUAGGUCUCUUUGUCUUGGGCCUUUCCAGCAUCCUGUAUUAUUAUUUCUCGAUGGAGUGGGCCAGCCUGAGCCUGUUCCAUCUCUGGUUUGGCUUUCUGCAAGGCCUUCUAUGCUUUCUGAACAGUUCUUCUUUAGAGAAUGAUGUGAAGGAGCAAGUGACGAACUACCUGCUGUUGGCCAGCGUGGCUAUGCGCUGUGUGUGGGCACUGACGGACCGCUUGUGUGGCUGCGUCAACCACAAGAGAGUUGUACUUACAUCAGCCGAGGCUCUCGAGCUGCUGGGAUUUGCCAUAGCCAGCACCACUAUGGUCCUCUACAAGUCAGCAGCAAUCAUCGCUCUUCUGGUUGCUUUAGGUGUCAUUAUUAUAGACCUGCGAAUGAAGUCUCUCUUGGCUCUUCCCAAUCUCAUCUGCUUUUCUGUAGUCACAGCCAUCACUUUUUUCCAGGCUCUUCAUGUCCAGGCAAACCCAUUUACCCUGGGCUGUUACUUCGGACGGCUCAUUUGUGAACCCUUGCUAGACGUGUACUUCAGCAGCCUUUCGGUGACUGAACGCUGGAUGCCUUUUUUGUCAGCAGGCAGGCUGUGGCGCAGACUCUCUCUCUUCCCGCUUAGCAUUGUGGAGCUAAUGUUUUUUGUGCUUUGUGCCCUGAAACUGGGACACCUGGAGUUCUGGUACCUCGUUAUCCCUGGAUUUUGUGUGUUCGGCCUCUUCUGGGUGCUUUGCCACAUGGUGUUCCUGGUCACGCUUUGGGGAUUCCACACCAAGUUAAGCGAGUCCCAGAAGGUUCAGGCUGCCCAGCGCUCAGACGGGCGCAGUCUAGACAGAAUCAUGGCCUCCAGGGGGGUGCGCCACUUUUGCCUCAUCUCCGAACGCCUGCUGUUUUUCUGCCUGCUCUCGACCGUCAUCCUGGGGGCAGUGUCAUGGCAGCUCUCUAAUGCACUCUUCAUGAGCAUGUUCCUGGUGGUGCUGUCACUGGAGUCUCUGGUACAUGGACUCUUCCAUGAGUUGGGCAACUGUCUGGGUGGGACAUGUGUGGGCUAUGCAGUAGUCAUUCCAACAAGUUACUGCAGUGCGGAUGGUCAGCCUGUACUGCUUCCUCCGGAGCAGGUACAGGAGAUGAACCUGCGCUCCACCUCAACAAUUAACGCUGUCCAGCGCCUUUUCUCGCACCACCUAAUCCAGACGUUCGGCUGUGACUACUCCACCAGCGGACUGAGCCUGGACACACUCCAGGGCAAACUGCGCUCCUUCUUGGAGCUGCGUACUGCUGACGGCCCCCGGCACGACAACUACCUCAUCUACUUCAGCGGACACACUUUGCCUACAGGAGACUGGGCUCUUACAGGUGGGGAAUGUCUGCGCCUGGGGCAGAUCCUCGAUUUGUGGAAGGAGCGCAACGUGGGCUUCUCCUCCCGCCUCAUCCUGGUGCUGGAUACAGAGAACUCUGGGCCAUGGGUGAAGGCUGUGCGGAGGGUGGAGGGCCUUUAUGUGGCUGUGCAGGGAGCCGAAAUGAAUUCGGCUGGGGAUGCCGAGAGCCAAGACGCUCCUCGCCUAGGAGACUUUACCUCGGAGUGGGUGGAAUACAACUGUGAACCGGAAAGUGGCGUGCAGUGGGGCGAGCGAGGGCGUCUCCUCUCCGCCGUAUAUGGCGUUUCUAAAUGUUGGAGUGACUACAGGCUCCACCUGCCGACUGGCAGCGACGUGGAAAAGCACUGGAAAACCCACUUCCCUCGUGUCACUUACCCGCUGGUGUCUGUGGCUAAUUGGUGCUGUGGGCUGAAUCUGUUAUGGCUUUGCGGUGCCUGCCUUCGCUGCUUCAGGAGGCUCAAACUCGGCUGGUUUCCUCCUGCUGUCCUCGACACAGGGCAGGGAAUCAAGCUCGUUAGAUCAUAGAUUUGAACUACGAUCUUCGCAACUUUUUGACGUGACGUGCGCCUUAUUUUACGUGCCUUUUCCUUUGUUUGUUCAAAUGCUCAUUAAGUAGGUAAAAUGUUGUUCUGUGUAGGACAUUGUGCAUUUCAUGGUCUAAUUUUGGUGGCUGCAUCCUCUUUUCCCCUGCAGUUCUUUGUUUUUUUGUUUUUUUUGUUUGUUUUGUUUUUUUCCCUCCUUGGACAGGGAUGUACUUGACAUAGCAGUUUAAAUGAUUUCCUCUGUGCGUUUUGAUUAAUUUAAUUAAUAAUUUUUUACACCCCGGCGUCUGCGUUAAUUUGGAACAAAACAAUUUCUUAUAUCCGUACUAAACGACAAUGAAGUUACAAUAUUAAUGCUGUAUUGUGUGGUUAUUUUAAUGCCACUGUCAUCGUUUUUUUUGAAUACCAAAUUGUAUUUUCUCCCUUUACUUUUUAAGUGCCUUUAACUUUAUGCUUCCAUGUUGACAGGAGGAAAAAAAAAAGCGGUUAUUUGAGUUGAAAGUGCCACAACAAGCAGUUGUGGACUCUAAAUGACCCUGUAGGAAACCUAUUUUAAAUUCCUAUUUUGUCUCUUUGAUGACAAAUUUAGCAAAACAGGAAUUAAGAUGUUAUUAGUGUGUGUUGUGUAGAGUGUAGCUCUGACUAUCAGUUCCUCACUACAUUAAUUGAUCUUUGGCGUGGGUGCAGGCUCUCAUUCUGAGCCAGUGGGGUUUUCACACAAGCUUUGUACAGUUUUCGUAUGUUAUUGUAUUCUCCUUUGACAUAAAUAAAUGUUUUAUUUAAACAUA